GUUAACACUGAUUCAUACGCGCUUGAACCCAUGUGUCGCGUUGCGUUCGUCUACGGAAGCGUCUGAAACAUACAUUAGCGUCUUGACGAGGUGUUUAGUGUGUAAUUGUUCCGAGUGGUGACAUACAGGUUAGCAGAGCUGUUGUAAUCGUCCAUGCCUCUUCGAGAUUUGUAUCGAUCAAUACAUUAUUCGGCAUGUUUUCUGCCACGCCCGGGGUCAGGCGACAGUUCGCCGCUGCGAUAACAUGUUCCAUCGGCUGCCUGAUCGCCGGGCUCAUGGUGGGCUGGCCGGCGCCGACCCUUAAAAAACUCCGACAGCCCGACUCGCCGGUCCAUCUCACCCCGCAUGAGGAGGCGUGGGUGGUGAACGCCAUGUACUACGGCACGAUCCUGAGCCCCUUUCCAAGCGGGUUCCUGAUCAACCUCAUCGGGAGGAAGACCACUCUCCUGGUCCUGGCCGUGUUCCCGACGCUAUCAUGGAUCUUGGUUUACUUCAGCACUUCGGCCACCAUGCUCAUGGUCGCACGCCUCUUCUCCGGAUUCUGGCUUGGAGGGAUACAGACCGUCGUCCCACUUUACACUGGCGAGAUCUCUGAGCCCCAUGUCAGGGGCAUCUUCGGAUCGUUCUUUCAGGUCAGCAGUUUCGUCGGCAACAACUUCUCCUUCAUCGUCGCCCCCUACGUAACGAUCCAAACCAUGGCAACGAUAUGCGGUUUCUUCCCGGUGUUGUUCAUCAUCCUCUUCGUAUUCUGUCCCGAAUCACCUUACUACUACGCCAUGAAGAAAAACUCAAAAGCCGCGGGGAAGUCCCUGUCCUGGCUACGCGGUGACGAGCCAAUCAUGAAAGAGCUCCAGACGAUCCAAACCUCCGUCGAUAAGGAACUGAAGGACGACGAGACAUUCACCCAAAAGCUCACAAGCAUAGCAACGGACCCAGCCAACCGGAAAGGCUUCAUCAUCGUCGAGACACUAGACGUGAUGCAAAGGCUCUGCGGAAUCAGUUGUAUGAAAGCUUUCUCCUCCAUAAUCCUCCCACCGAAACUAGGACCUCUAACCACGGAUCAUUGUACGAUCAUCAUCGGUUUCGUCUGGAUGUUCUCCUCCCUGAUCUGCACGGGUCUCAUAGACAAAGCAGGCAGGAAGCCCUUACUCUACGCCUCCAGUUUGGGCAUAUUCGUGUCCAUGCUAUGGACCGGGAUAUGGUACUAUUUGAACGACAAUACCGAUAUCGACGUCAGCUCGUUCAAGUGGCUCCCUCUGGCGGGAUUCCUAGUUUUUGGUGUCACGUUUUCCUUUGGACUGGGGCCGAUCGUGAAGAUCUACCAGGGGGAGAUGUUCCCGAAUAACCUGAAAGGCAUGGCGUCGGCGUUGACUGCCAUUAUCGCGGCCUUUGCGUCGUCGGUCAGCACGGGGAUGUUCCCGAUUUUGACGGAGACCAUCGGGAUGUACGCGAAUUUCCUGAUUUUUUCGGCGGUGGGCCUCGUUAAUUUCCUGUUCACGUAUUUCUAUGUGAUAGAGACGAAGGGCAAGUCGCUGCAGGAGAUACAGGCCGAGCUGAACGGCGAGAGACCGGUGGUGACGCAGAGUAAUGGGGAUAGUGAGAAAGCAGUCUGAAGAACUGCGUGCGCCGUGGUCACAUGAUCAAUACGCUUGCGUCAAUGUAUUAAAGUCGCGCAGUUUCUUCGUCAAAAAGCGAGCUUUGGAUGUUAACGCGGUAAAAAUGUCAGUUGAGUAGCUUGAGAAACUCGGCCAAUUUUCCAGCCGUCAAGUUAUUUCAAUCGCGUCGGCGACUUAUAAAAUAAUUAUGAGCUGAUAUUUCUUCAUAUUCGACCAUGGGCAAUAUUAGAUGGGCUUUGAGGGUCUCCUCCUCCCCCUCCUACUUGGCACUUUCCAAAAAUGUAAAGGCUUUUUUGGAGAAACCGCGUGAUAUUUAUAUCAUCCUUUGACAUUUUUCACUGUCGUGAAUUUCUAGAUAAUUGAAACCUCUCAUUUCUUUGUUUUAUAAUUUUUUCGAGGAGGGCCCCCCCCCCCUUAUGGCUGCAAGAGCUCCAUAACGGACUUAAUUCGAUUGAAACAAUCAAAAUUGACUUUAAUUGAUUGAGUUUAACUUCAUCUGUGGGGUUGUUUGUAUUUACCCUUCAGAACUCUCUUGAAAAAAGCUCAUGCCCCCCCCCCCACAAAAGAAUUCCCGGGUUUUGCCAGGGAGUACGAAGACCAAGUAGAAGAAAUUACGAGAAAAACGCUCAACAAAAUUUCUCAUCUCCAUGUCCAUCCAAUUCUUCUGCCGUUUCGGCAGAUUUUAAUCAGUUUGCUGUCAGCAAACUAGUUGUCCUGUUGAAAGCUGGGAAAAUCAGAGGGGGAUCACAAAAUUAGAAAAGAGUGAUGUUGUGGGAAACCGGAAAUGAAGUAACGAUCAGCUCAUCAAUAUUUGGCUACCCGUAGAAUAUUAAGUCUGACAGGACUACGUUGAAGUGACCUUGACACAUUGACGAGUUUAUUGAUCGUGUGACCAAGGCUUCAUCCGCCUGGAGGUUGAUAAUACUCAGAGUAUGUGGCUCUAGUUCCUCACAUAGAGCAGCUUAAAGUUUCUGACGAAACUUAAUUCUUCGAUGUACUCACAUUGGGCUCGUGUCCAAACAUUCAGAAUUCUCGGAUACGUGCGAAAUCUUUUUUCAAGUGUUUAUUUGUGCGAAUAUGUCUAUUUUGGAACUUAUUAUGAGAUGAAAACACUUAAGGUGAGAUAUUGAUAGUGAAGCUAAGAAUCAUCAGAUCGGUUAGUGACGUUCCAAGUUUCAAGUCAUUUUUAUUCUUCGUUAGAAUACUCGGUUAUUUUUUUAUUUAGAUCAUCAUUUAUCGCUAUCUUGUCAGGAGCAGGUCUGAAAAUAUUUAAUGUAAUUAUUUUGAUAGAUAUUUCUGACCAAAAAAAAGAGAAUAAGCAUUCUAAAGAGACAGGUGCUCGACCAAAGCAUGAUCAUUCUUCACCUGAAAUACUGUGUAUUGAUGCUGAAACCCACGGAACUUCUGUGGACGGGCAGGAAAAACACCGACAAUGAAGUAAUGAAGAACAAAAAUGUAAUCUGCAAUGCAGAGGGAACGAUGCCAAACGAUGAAUAAAGAACUGAAGGAACAGUCUGAACGAGGAAUAAAUUAUCUCAUAACAGAGGCUAUAAAUUUAUUUAUUUUUUACUAGAUUAUAUGGGAGCGCACUGGAUGGACGUCACGGCAAGGCUCAUCACAAAUGAACGCAAGUGAUGCCAAUUUAAUGAAUUAUUUUUAAAAAAAUAAUGUCGUGUUGCGGAAGAGAACCGUAUGAGUCCUCUGAUGUUGCCACAUUUCAUUCGAUGAAGUAUUUAUUUUCAGAAGUUGUGAAAAGUUUUUAUUUACAUUUGUUGAUAAACUGAACGGUAGAGGCGAUUUUUCAAGUUGCCAACAUUGUUUCCCAUCCAUUUAAAUCCAUUAAAAAUAUCGAUUCUAGGCGAGGCAAGCUGCCUCACCAUGAAUCGAUUGUUUUACAUGCAUUUAAAUGGAGGAACAGUGUUGCCAACUUUUAAAAAUCGCCACUGCUGAAUGGGCCCACUAGACAAGGUGAGAAAUUAGAAGCCAUACGGUACACUGAGAAAAAAUUUCGAUAACAGAUACUGAGCUUCGGUAUUCAUAUUGAACGCUGAACGUCUUUCGUUGAGGAAACCGAAAAAGGCCUGCGUUCAAUACGAACCGAGGCUCACUAUCUGUUUUCGAACUUUUCUUCUCCCGUGUCUGUAUCCUUAUCAAAAUUUCGCGCGAACAGGUUGAACAAAUUUUAAAACGGAGAAAAUAAACUGACAUUUUGGACAUUAGUCUUUGUAAUAUGCAUUACAAUCAGCAAAUUAAAAUUUACCUCCUACGUAAAUCGUAGAUUAACAAGUCAAGCCAAUUACAAUUUCCUGGACUCAGUUUUUUUCUUCGGCUUUUUGAAUGUCAACGUAUGCAUGCAAUUCACUGAACUUUCGGUCAUAAAAAUGCCGAAAACAUGAAUCCGAUACUUUUAAAACUCAUAUUUAGGCUAGUAUGUGUACCUAAUUUAAGAUUAGGUUUGUGCUGCAUUCAGAUUGUACUUUACGUUUUCUGUAUUUGUUUUGAGCAUGCAAUCUUUACACUGAUAACUUAUUAUAUUUUAACAUUCCUGUAUUACAUUCAUUGAAAAACAAUGAAUCCUCUUACUUUGUGCCAUAAAUUAUUUAAAUGUGAUCCAAAUUACGAAUACUUUUAUAUUAUUUUGAUUUUCUUGUUAAAUUUUCCUUUCCUCUCUCUUCUAUUCUCUUUAUUGUGAAAAAAAAUAAAAAUAAAAAAUCAUCCCAUGGAUGAUGAAUAUAUUCUGCAAA